AUGCCCCAGAUGCUGAGCACCUCCAACACGGACCCCGGCAGCCUCAGCCUGCCCCCCAGAGAGCCCGGAGAUGGCGAGCAGGCUGGGCAGCCCCUCCUGGGCGGCCCCUCCUCAGCCUCUCUGGGCACCCUGAUCCAGCACCUGGAGCCCACAGCCAACUACUACCCCUGGUGGAAAGCCUACAUCUUCACCUUCCUGCUGAGCGCUCGCCCCUUCAUGGAGCCCCGGGAACUCCUGGCCUGGGUCUGCCACCUGAGCAUCGAGCCGCGGCAGCUGGACAAGCCGGCGCUGGACAAGGCCUGGCUCCAGAAGUUUGGCUCCAGACUGCUCCGGUUGCUGGCCAAGUGGAUGGAGACCUUCCCGCGGGACUUCCAGGAGGAGUCGGCCACUGGGCACCUGAAGGAUGUGGAGGGCCACAUCACCCCCUGUGACGAGGCGGCGGCGCAAAGCCCUUCUUCCGUGGCCCGGGGAGCUGUGAGCCUGCAGCCUCCUCCCAGGGCCCUGCCCUGCGCCCCGGCUCUGCACGUCCAGGGGCCCCAGGGAGCGGCCGGGCCUCCCUUCGCGCGGGACACCCGGAGAGCUUACCCACUGCUUCGCGCCCCCAUGGAAGAGAAAAUCGCAUCGGGCACCACCAGUCAUGCCAGCACUGUGCUUGGGAAGGCUUUCGGCAUUAAAGUUGCUCCCCAAAAAAGCACCAGAAAGCGGGAGCCCUGUUUCAGUGACAAGACGGACAACCUCGAGGCCUACGUGAAAUGGUUCAACCGGCUGUGCUACCCGGUGGCCACCGAGAGCUGCGUGCCCGCCAAGAAGAAGCAGCGGGCCCAGGCGAUGGAGUUCUUCAUUGGCGUGGCCCGAGAGUGCUUCAGCAUCGGCAAGUCCCUGAUGGCCAUCAGCUCUGGCAUGAACAACCCUGUCUCCAGGCUGAAGAAGACCUGGGCCAAAGUGAAGACAGCCGAGUUCUUCAUCCUGGAGCACCAGAUGGAGCCGACAGGGAACUUCUGCAACUACAGGACAGCUCUGCGCGGGGCGGCACACCGCUCCCUGGCCGCACACAGCAGCCAGGAGAAGAUUGUCAUUCCCUUCUUCAGCCUGCUCAUCAAAGACAUCUGCUUCCUGAAUGAGGGCUGUGCCAACCGCCUGCCCAAUGGACAUAUCCACUUUGAGGCAGGGCCUGAGGGCCUUGCGGGGGACUGUGCCAAAUUAGGCCAGGAGCGUUCCCAAAGCAGGACCAUUGGCCCCUGGAAACCCAAUAUAACUUUGCCAUCCUACACAAAAAUGUGGACUCAAAAUGGUCUUUUCUUGGCUUCUUACGAGAGUGAGAGUCCAGAGAACCACACAGAGAAAGAGAGGUGGAAAUCGCUAAGAUCUUCUAUUCUGGGGCAGACUUGAGAAGCUCAGAGCGGAAGGAGAAGUGGAGCCAGCAGCGGCUCCUGCAGCCCUGCCUCUGGGCCUGGGCCGAGGCACAGGGAGCACCUCAC